CCUGGGCCCCGGUCUCCGGUGGAUGUUGCGGCCAUCCGCGAGAUCAGUCGAUCUGAUCCCCUCCCUGACCCCCCUUCUUUUUGCCUGAUCGCCCCCUGCCGCCCUUUUUGCUUUCCUGCUCUCGACGCAGGCGCCCGGGAGCCCGUCCUCCUUCCUUGCCCGCCCUCGCGCCGCCCGAUUGCCCCCUCGCCUCCCUUGCGCCUUCCCCUCCCGUUCGCCAUGUCGCCGAUGGCCGCUGCCGCUGCCGGGGCAGAUGGCCUUGGCCCGCCUCCGCCCCAUGCCCCGCCGGCGCCCUCGCAGGCUGUCUCGCCGUCGGCCCUGUCGGCGGCGGCGUUCGAUUGGCCCGACUCGCCGGCCAUCGGCGCCGAGCACGCCCCACUUCCCUCGCACAUGGUGUUGGAUUUCAUCGCGCGGCUUUUCUUCCCCCCUGGCGCCGGGGAGCCGACCAGUGCGCAGACAAGUCCAUCCCCAUCGAGCGUCAGCCUGGCCGCCACGGACCAGGCCGCAUCCGAGCUCCCUCCCCGGGCGACGUCACCCGAGCCCGACGGCCCGAGCGCCGGGCAUGAGGAUGAAUGCGAGCAUCCGCCCCGGCCGGAGGAGCCCGAGCAUCCCGCACAGCCGAGGCAGCCCAAGCAGCCGAAGCAGCCGAAGCAGCCGGAGGAGCCCGCCCUGUGGCAACAGGCUCCCCCCAUCCCCGAACGAUAUAGGAACCUCACGGCUGAUGAACUGAAUGAACUGCUUGACGAGCUAUUCGAGCACUUUGAGCCCUCACUGCGGGUUCUCGCUUCGCAGGAUCGCACGCCACACUCGCGCCGGGACCAGUCGCCUGUUUCGCCGGGCCGCGCGUCCCCAGGGCCGGGGUCUUCCGCGUCAUCCUCCUCCGGGCAUCUUUCCUCGACAUUGAUCGAUGAUGCCGGGUGUUUCCGCCUCCAGAUGCUCACCCUGCCGAUGGCCGUGGCGCUGCUGUUGGCGGCGGAUCGCCACCAAACUCGGCCCGGCUCCAUGUUGAUGGGUACUUGGGGCCAGCCGGCCAUCGCGAGCCCCUUCGGCCUGUUGGCGCAGCGUGUUGCCUGCCUGAUUGACCUGCCCAAGAAGGCCUUCUUCCUGGGCAUGCAGAGGCUCCUGGUGGACGCCGUGCGCAUCCAUGGCCUCAGCAUGGGGGCCUUCUUCGCGGUUUGUACCUUCAUCCGGCCGACGGCGCUGGCGAUGAUCGGCAAGCAAUCCGCGCACCUGGUGCUGACCGAGCAACUGGUCGAGUGCCCGGUCCUGGGGGAGGAUUGGCGCGCUCCGACGGCCGAAGCCGGCGGCUCCUCCACGGAGCCGGCCUUCCCCCUGGCAAGUGUGGCACGCAUGCCGAUGUCCCCCAAGUGCGGGUCCCUGUGCAUGGGAGCCGGGCCAAGCUCGAAGGUCCCGCUGGAGGCCCGGCUGGCUGGGUACCUGGCGUCGCGGGCCGGCCUGGACCCGGCGGCCGAGAGGGCCUGUGCUCGAAGCUGCCGGCCAUUGCUGGCCUCGGCUGGACGAGUGCCGGCCGGCUUGCUGCGCAGCCUGCUGGCAGCCCAGUGCGCCAUGGACCGGCUCUAUUCGAGCGGCGAUGUGCGUGACUCGCUGCGGUGCUCGUCGAAUCCGCAAUUGGAGGAAAACCUUCGCACCCACCUGGCUUUCAUGGGGUUCCUUCGAGCCGGGCUUUUGCUGGCCAUCGGGCAGGCCGCGGAUCCGGUGCGGGUGCUGGAGUUUGCCACCGCCGCGCGCGUGUGGCCGCUGCUGGCCGGCCUGCCGCUGCUGGCCCUGCUGGACCGGUGCCUGUCGGACCUCGAGCAGCAGCACCUGGUGGCCGAGGCGAUUGAGGCCCAGGUGGCCGCAUCGCGCGAUAUCACCCUGGCCGCGCGGCACUUUGCCCACUUCCCGGGGGACCUGCUGCAGCAGCAGUUCAACCACCACCGGCUGGCGCUGCUGGCCUUCCAGCGGAUUGGCAUGCUGCGAACGGUCCUCCAGUGCCUGGAAGCCCGUGGCCGGGUGUUCCUGCCCAGCUGGCUGGCACAGCAGCGCUCCGGGGCCCCGGCCACGGGCCACAUUGACCAGCCGUCAUCCUUGUUUUUCGGCCAGUCGCGAUUGAUCGGCCUGGUGCAACUUUGCUCCAACACCCUCCAGCGGGACAUUCGCCGAUUGAAUUGGACCUGGGUGGACCGCUGCUCCGAGCUCUUUGCCCUGCGCCCCGGGGCAUGCAUGGACUUUGUCUUGGGCCAAGACGCCACCGAUCAGUGGCAGCACCUGGGAUCGCGGCCGUCGCCCAGCCAAGCGGCGUAUGUCCUGACGGAUGCCCUCGGGGACUUCCCUUCCUGCGAGAAAGUCCUCGAUGCCUUUUGGUUCAUCGUUGAUACCCUGAAUGGCAUUGCCUUUACCAUCGCCAAUGCCCUGGCGGCCGAGCCGCCUGCGGCCCGCGGCCCGAUCGAAUCGGUCGUCCACCAGUAUGGCCUUGCGGUGGGCUUGUCGGUGGAGCCGAGCAGCGCCGAGCUCCGGUCACUGGCUCUCCUGUGUGAGCGUGCCCUCCCGUACUUGGGUUUGGUGACGGACUACCUGUACUAUCGGUUGCCGAUUGCCCAGUUACGAGAGCAUGGUGCCCCGAUCUCGGACUUGCGUUGUUUACCGGCCGACGUGCCCUUUGGCCAGAUGACGGUCGGGGAGUUGCUGUCGCUUUCGCACGACCGGCGCCGGGCCCUGGUGGCCGGCGCCGGCGACAUGCUUGGGCCCGAGUCGCCCCUGGGACAGCUGGGCUUCCAGCGCCAGGCGAUCUACCUGCCGCCCAGGAAGUUCCUCCAACGCCUGGCGGCCAAUCCGUCGCAGCAGCAGCAGCAAUCCUUCUGGGUGCGGGAUUUGGAUCAGCUGGAGCAGCUGGUGGAGCAGCUGCUCCGGGCGCCUUCGCCCGAUGGGCGGCUCUCGACCCUGGCCGCGUUUGAUUGCGAGUGGUUGCCGAAUUUCGGGCGCUUCCACAAGACCAAGGUGUCCGUCAUGCAGGUGGUCUGGUGCCACAUGGCGGCCGGCCCCCCGGGGUCCGGCGGGACUCGGACUUUCACCCGGCAAACGGGAACCACCGACUUCCGGAUCAUCGACUUCUCCGACAUCGAGGCCCAUUCGCCGCGGGCGGUGGCCCUGCUGCGGCGUCUGCUCGGGCAGCCGGCCUCGCACCUCCACCGGCUUGGGCAUGGGUUUGGGGCGGACAUAGCCCAGAUCACGGAGAUGACUGGCAGCCGGGAUUUGCAGGGCGUGUCAUUGGUUCGGCCGUUGUCGAAUUUGCUGUCGACCUUGCGGUUUGCCGUCACCGGUCCGAGCGACCGUCGGCGCCUGACCGACCUGGCCCUGCAGCUGCUUGGCGUGGGCCUGGACAAGUCCGUGACAUUGAGCAACUGGACCCAGCGGCCGCUGCCCCUGCGCCAGUUGCAGUAUGCCCUGGCCGAUUCGACCGUCCUGCUGGACCUCUUCUUCCGGAUCAUGCGGCAAAAGCGCCGGACGGUCAACUUCCUGCCCCAAGACAAGGAGGCCGCGGCGUCGGCCUCGGCCUCGGCAUUGGCAUUGGCAUUGGCAGCCGGGCCGGUGGUUGGGCCGCGGCCGGGCACCCGUGGCGCCAGCCGGGCCGCGGUGGCGCCGAACCCGGAGGCCGUGGCCCGGUCCGUGGCCAAGGCCGCUGCCGAGCCGGCCGCGGCUGAGGAUGGCGCCCUCGAUGAGCCGAGCGAGCUGGAGCUCACCUCGGACCAGGAGUCCGGAUCCGAGCCGGAUCUGCCCCUGGAUCCGGAGCCGGAUCCGGAGCUGGAUCCGGAGCUGGAGCUGGAGCCCGAGCCCGAGCCCGAGUCGCAGCCGCAGCCGCAGCCGCAGCCGCAGCCGCAGCCGCAGCCGCAGCCAGAGCCGAGGCCGGGGGCGGGCCGGACAGCGAGUUCGGCACCAGCCUCCAAAUGCACGCCGGGGGCCGACCCCGGGACCGAGUCUGGCCAUGCGCCGCAUGGCGUCACCAAGCGCGAGAGCCGCAAGCAGGCCGCCCUGAAGGCGGCCCAGCUGACGCAGCAGCAUGCCCAAGUGCCCGAGGAGCCGAUUCCCACCGGGCACGUCGGGCCGAUCCUUCAAACGGUGGAGGAUUAUCGCCGUCGUCAGACCGAGCUGUCGCCCAUCACGCCGGAGGUCGUCGCGCGUGGGGUGCCGGCCGUGGGGCUUCCGCUGCCCGGGGCGCCUCGGUGCCCGACAUCGCCGUACCUCUUCCGCUUCGCGGUGGACCACUCGAACCGGGUGUUUGCGGCCUUCAUGCGGGAGUGUGGCAUCGACACCGUGUCGCUGGACCUUUCCCUGACGGCGGAUGAAAUUGCGAUGUACAUUUACUGCUCCGGGCGGGUGCUCCUGUCUACCGGGCCACGGCUGGUGCCCUUCAUCGCGGCAUACACCAAGCUCCUGGGCCGGGCGCCGGAGGCAUGGCAAUUCCACCUGCUCUAUACGGGCCCGCACUCGCAGCGCCUGGCCUUGGUGCUGGACCAUUGCUCGUAUGCCGUGGCGCCGGAGGGGUCGGCCCUGCAGUAUCGACAUCCGAACCCCUCGAAGAAGCCCGGGCCGUUGAAUUACGAUCCCCUGGCGCCGGAGGCGGUGGCGGCCCUGCACCGGCGGGUGCGGCCCUUCGAGGUGUUCACCCUCUGCCCUCGGUGCAACAACAACAGCCUUCGUGAGUGUCCGCUGGCGAAGGCGGGCACCUUGCCGAAGCCGCCGCAGGCGCACAUUGUCUGCUCGUCGCACCCGCCGCGGGCCUUCUUCCACUGCCCCAAUUGCCAGAGCAACUACUGGGACGGGCAGUUGUAUUGGGGCAUUCUCGAGAAGGCCGGGCUGCUGGUGAAUCGGCGUCUGCAGCCGGAGUGGAGCCAUCCUCUGUGGUCGAGUGAGGCCCGGCGGUCGGAGGCGGCUGCCUAUUUCCGGCUGAUGACCGGCCUGCCGGAAGCCACACCGUCGGAGGAGGCGGCGGCGGCGGCGGCGGCGGCGGCGACGGCCGCCGGCGGCCAGGCCGAGGAGGCCACCGUGUCGGUUAUCUUCCCCCCGGAGGCCUUUGCCUCGAACCGGGACACCGACCAGGCGGCCGAAUUCCUGGACCGGCUGGCCGGCACCGAUCGGCGCUUGACGCAACGCAAGCUCGAGGUGUCGCUCGAGUAUACGAGCUUGUAUCCGGCCCCGCUGCCGGGGACCCUGAUUGGCCCGGCGGACUUCCUCUUCACCACCUUCUCGGUCAGGUGCUUCUCGGCCGGCAUGCCGGUGACACCAUUUGUGCCGCCGGUGGCCGGGGCGAAUGCGCCCCCCCCGGCGGAGCCGGUGGUUGCCAUCGACAAGGCAGCCAUUGGCCCCUCGAUCAAGGAUGCCAAGCCGUCCGCCGGCAAGGGGAAGGCCCUCGCCAGGGGGGAAGCAAGCCCGGGCAAGGGCAUGCCGGCGCCGAAGGAUGUCCCCUGUCGGGGGGUCCCCUCGAAGGCGGGAGGGGCCGGCUCCAAGGGCAGCUCGAAGGACAGUUUGAAGGACACUUCGAAGGGCCCGAAGGAGAGCCGGCCUGCGCGGCUCCCGGCGGCGGCGGCGGCCCGUACACCGGCGGCCAGGGGGGAUGCCUGGCUGGCCGGGGCGCCGGUGCUGGACUUCGCGGAUGUGGCCAUUGGCCAGUCGACGGAUGCGGCGGCGGCGGCGGCGGCCGUCGCCAUGGCCCUGGUGUCGUCCGUCAUCAGGCGGGCCAUGGUCCUUGCGGCGACGGCCGGCGUCGCCAGUGUGGCCCUGGAUCCUCCCGAGCAGGGUGGCCCCUCGGACGGGCCGGAUGAGGAUGUCAUUGUGGCCGCUCCGCUUUCGGCCAGCAAGAAGAAGCGCCAGAAGUACAUGAAGCGCCCCCGGAAGGUCGCCAAGAAAUAA